GAUCGCAGUGCAAUUAUGCAGCAGCUCCACCAAUUCAGCUUUAGUGCAAACUUUGCGCGCAUCGCCUUAAUCAGUUGUCAACUUGCAGCACUUGUCAGCAGUGGCCAUGAAUACUUGAGAGAGAAACCUUCAUUUCUGCAGACAUGUCAAUUGCACGAUGCCAACAAUGGUGAAUGUCUGGCGAAUGCCUUCGAAAACUUGUUCUCCAAUUGGCGCAGUGGUGUGCCUGGAUUGAAAGGACUCAGUUCAAUUGACCCAUUCCAUGUGAAGCGCGUGCGACUGUCACAGCAAACGCCCAACUUGGCCGACAUAAAAGCGGAGCUGACCAAUGUGACGGUGUACGGCAUGAGCGACACAAAAGUUUUGAAAACGUCCGUCAAUGAUAAGGACUACACGAUUGAGUUCAAAUUGCUUUCGCCUGCUGUGCAUAUGGAUGGCGAUUACAAGGUGCAAGGGCGCAUUUUGAUUUUGAAUUUGAAUGGAGCGGGAAAGAUUGAAAGCAAUGUUGGAAAUAUCGAAUUUCGCGUGACUUGCAAAGCAAAUCUCAUACAAAUCGAUGGAAUCUAUUUCCUGGAUAUUAUUGCGGCUUCGUCAUACAUAGACAAGGUGGGCAGCUUUAAAAUACAUUUUUCGAAUCUCUUUGGCGACAACAAGGAGCUCGAGGAUAGUGCCCACGAUCUGUUCAAUAAUAACUGGCGUGAACUUUUCGAAAUCAUGCGACCGGCCUUUGCGCAAACCUUUAAUACCAUUUUACUCGACCGGUAUAAAAAGAUUAUGAGAUAUGUACCGGCCUCCUACUUUUUGGAUGAUUUACCAUAAUCUUGAUGAUAACGCUAAUUUAUUUACUAUAGGAGUCUGUUAAAUUUAAAGUGACUUGUGACUACAUACAUAUGUGCGUGCAUGAUACAUGUGUGUGUGUAUGUACAUACAAAUAUUUUA